ACCACUGAGACACUCCCUGAACGGUCAAUGUUUACAUUUUAUUCGCGUCAUUUAAAUAACAUUAAAUCAUCCCCCAGAUAUUUAAAUAUCUUUUAGUAAAUAUUUACUUUCAGUUUAAAUGGCCCUCGUCCUGUAAUGGUUGGAGUCUUGCGUCUAAGAUGAAAUUUAGUAGAAUGUGCAGUGAUUUAUCCUGUGAUGAUACAAUGGUACAAUAAAUGUAAUAAUGUAAAACUGGAAAUGACUGAAUAAAUAGAAAAUAGUAUAGUUACUUAUACUAUUUAUAUCAAGCACUACCAUAAGAACUCUUUGUAGGUGUCUUGUUAGAGACUAAAUGGACAAAAGAAAAAUCAAGAAUCAUGUGGAAAACUUUCAAUGUAAGUGAAAAAAAUGAAGAAGCCUUCAGAGAAUUAUGUAAACAAUUUCGGCAGAGUCCUGGCGUUUUCCAGUGUAAGCACGUGGACUUAAUGAACUAUGAAGAAAAAAAUACUCAACAAAAUAUGGAGAGAGACAAAAGCACACAAAAGAGAAAGAUUAUAUUAGGUACCAGCACUACAUCAUCUGUGGGCACUUCUAAGACAAAGUCCCAGUUGUCCAGCAAACCUGAUGUUAAGACAAUGCAAAAAAAAAUAAUAAGUUCUCUAAGCAGUUCAGAAAAAUUUGACUUAAGUUUUUAUAAUUCAGUUGAGCCACUUGAUGCGUGUAGUAGCAAUGCCCUCAUAAUAAAUGAUGAACACUUGGUUCAGAUCUGCAAGAAAAGUGAAAAAUCAGGGGAACCUGCAGCAGCUCUACUGGGAAGACUUCUUAUAUUGCCCAAGCUGUACCACCUGCCCAGCAAACUAUCCACACCAGCUGUUGAAGCAUUAUUGGAGUUCCUUCAGUGGCACACAGCUGUGAUGGUGACCCAUGUCUUGGUGCCUGUGCUACAGUACUGCCCAGAAACUGGUGAACAACACAGAGAUGUGGUGGCACACCUUGUGUCAGAAUGUUCAUAUGGCUAUGUUACACAAAUGCUGAGUGCCAUCGCUAUGAGAGUGUCAAUACGUGAUGAUGAUGUGCAGAUUUUUCAACUGUUAUGUGACCAUGCUGAUCAACAGUCCACUGCAACACACAAAGCAGCCCUAGCUUUCUUAAAAAAGACUGCAGACAAAUACAAAACUUAUGUCAAAUUUGGCCAGUGUCUAUUAUUUGUAGUCAAGAAAAUGGGCCAAUACAUUGAGGACCAUGAGAGCCUCCAGUUAAUUGUCAACAAUCAUUCUUCAAGCUUAAAAAAAGCUAUAGAGGUACAAAUGAAAAAAGCUAAGAAGAGUCGAUAAUCUUACGUAAUGUAUUCAGUGUUGAUAAUAAAAGCGUGUUAUUUUUUUUAACUUUUUAAGCCAUAAAUUAAUCACACAAAUAACAAGUGUCCUUUCUUUUUUUACACUAUAUAGUGACAAAUUUUAUGUAUAUUGUACUGUAUAUUCUACUUCAAUACUUUCUAAUUAAAGCAUACUGUAUUACUUUGUAUUAUUGAUUGCUUGUUACCAAGUGAAACCAAUAAAAAGAUGAAUAUGCCAGUGGGACAGUCAUUAAACUAUUACUAGCCAAGUUUUGUUGAUGAAUAAUCACUUAUACAAAGGCUUCAGAGUAAUGAAACUUUUCACCAGGAAUAAACUACCCUACAGAAUUAUAAGAUAGGGGAGGCACCUGACUUUUUCUAGUUUUCACUUGGUAUUAUCAUGAUGACCAAGAAAAUAUAAUUUUCAAAUUUAUGUUUUGCUUUGUUGGUUCAUACAAAAAUACAAAUAAAUGUAUGUAAAGGAGAAUAUUUUCUCAGUAUACUGUAAUAGAGGCAUGAGUGGUAAUUGCUAGUAUGCUAUAUACAGGAAACCUUUAUUUUUUCUAAAUUUUAUAUCAUCAGAACUGCAGUUUGUACAUCAUCAAUAGAUCCAUUGCUCACAUAAAUUACCUUGCAUAUGCAGCAAGUGCUGUGCUAUACCUACUCUUAAUAAACAGUAUCACCUACUACUGA